AUGGCGACGCCAACAGCAGCGCGGGACAUGGAGGAGCGGCUGGCGGAGAUGGCGGGCGGCGUGGGGGAUCGUAUGGCGGCGUUGGAGGCGCAGCUGAGGGAGCAGGGCGACGCCAUGGCUGCCAUGCAGCGCGACAUGGGCGCAAUGCGCCAAGCCAUGGCCCACCUCAUGGGUAUGGCGGCGACGGGCGCUUUGGGGGAGCAGGGUGAUGGGGCAGGAGCGGGAAAAGGGAGUGCAUUGGGAGAGGCAGCGGAGGGCAUUGGCGCACAGCCGCUGACAUGCGCGGAGGAAAACCUUUUCCCUGCGUUUGAAGCGGAGGGAGCGGAUGGAGCGGAGGAAGCGGAGGAAGUGGAGGAAGCGCCGGAGCAAGUGGCGCAGGUGGAAGCGGCGAGGUGGGAGGUGCAGGAGGCGUCGGGUGAGAUGCCCGGCGGGGAGAUGGGGGCGCUGAAGGCGGAAGUUGCGCGGCUGAGGGGAGCGGCGAAGCGGCAUGAGGAGUACACAGAGGGGCGCAUCAACGACCUGGAAGCGGAAGUCGCAGCGCUGAAGGAAUGGCGCAGCUCGUGGGAGCAAAUGGGGGCGGAGAGACGGGAUGCGAAGAUGCGGAAGAGGGGUGAAGGUGGCGCGCUUCUAGAAAAGCGGGAUGACGUCGAAAGGGAGGGCGAGGCGCAGAGGGAUGCAGCGUGCGCUGGGGGAGGAAAGACAUGGGAGCUCUCCGUCCUGCCCUCCUUCCUGCUCCUGCCAUCUCCCUGCACAUUUGACCUUACUGCCCUCCUUCCUUCUCUCCUUCCUUCUCUCCUUCCUUCUCUCCUUCCUUCUCUCCUUCCUUCUCUCCUUCCUUCUCUCCUUCCUGCCCUCCUUCCUUCUCUCCUUCCUUCUCUCCUUCCUGCCCUCCUUCCUUCUCUCCUUCCUUCUCUCCUUCCUGCCCUCCUUCCUUCUCUCUUUCCUUCUCUCCUUCCUGCCCUCCUUCCUGCCCUCCUUCCUGCCCUCCUUCCUGCUCUCCUUCCUGCCCUUCUUCCUGCCCUCCUUCCUGCUCUCCUUCCUGCUCUCCUUCCUGCCCUCCUUCCUGCUCUCCUUCCUGCCCUCCGUGGCUGCAGGCACUGCUACGACUGUGGAGCAAAGUGGCACCAGGCGAGACUAGUAUGGACCUCAGCGGCAUCUCCCUCCUCACCGACGCUGCUCUCACACAAGUCGCCACCUUUUCCGCUCUAA